GGCGUCCUCUCUCGCGGUAUCAUCCCGUUGCUGAGGCCCUGUAAUAAAGGUCUCGCGAAAUUUGUUCUAGAGGUGCAAGCUUGCUUCUUAGUUUACUGCACCCCACCCCCAACCUGUCCCUCCUUUUCUUUCCAAGUCACAAAAUUCUCCCCUUCCCUCCCCCGGAGUUUACGGCCCACCUCCUGUUUCCGAUUUCAGCCCGGAACCGGAAGUGUAGUGGGCGGGGCCCAGCGGCGGAAAACGCAGCGGAGCCAGAGCCGGACCCGGCUGUGGCCGCUGCCGCUACCCCCGCCACGGAUCGCCGGGUAGUAGGACUGCGCGGCUCCAGCCUGAGGGUCGGUCCGGAGGCGGGUGGGCGUGGAUCUCACCCGGAUUGUCCGGGCGGCACCGCUCCCGGCCCCACCGGGCGCCGCGAGGGAUCAUGUCUACAGCCUCUGCCGCCUCCUCCUCCUCCUCGUCUUCGGCCGGUGAGAUGAUCGAAGCCCCUUCUCAGGUCCUCAACUUUGAAGAGAUCGACUACAAGGAAAUCGAGGUGGAAGAGGUUGUUGGAAGAGGAGCCUUUGGAGUUGUUUGCAAAGCUAAGUGGAGAGCAAAAGAUGUUGCUAUUAAACAAAUAGAAAGUGAAUCUGAGAGGAAAGCCUUUAUUGUAGAGCUUCGGCAGUUAUCCCGUGUGAACCAUCCUAAUAUUGUAAAGCUUUAUGGAGCCUGCUUGAAUCCAGUGUGUCUUGUGAUGGAAUAUGCUGAAGGGGGCUCUUUAUAUAAUGUGCUGCAUGGUGCUGAACCAUUGCCAUAUUAUACUGCUGCCCACGCAAUGAGUUGGUGUUUACAGUGUUCCCAAGGAGUGGCUUAUCUUCACAGCAUGCAACCCAAAGCGCUAAUUCACAGGGACCUGAAACCACCAAACUUACUGCUGGUUGCAGGGGGGACAGUUCUGAAAAUUUGUGAUUUUGGUACAGCCUGUGACAUUCAGACACACAUGACCAAUAACAAGGGGAGUGCUGCUUGGAUGGCACCUGAAGUUUUUGAAGGUAGUAAUUACAGUGAAAAAUGUGACGUCUUCAGCUGGGGUAUUAUUCUUUGGGAAGUGAUAACGCGUCGGAAACCCUUUGAUGAGAUUGGUGGCCCAGCUUUCCGAAUCAUGUGGGCUGUUCAUAAUGGUACUCGACCACCACUGAUAAAAAAUUUACCUAAGCCCAUUGAGAGCCUGAUGACUCGUUGUUGGUCUAAAGAUCCUUCCCAGCGCCCUUCAAUGGAGGAAAUUGUGAAAAUAAUGACUCACUUGAUGCGGUACUUUCCAGGAGCAGAUGAGCCAUUACAGUAUCCUUGUCAGUAUUCAGAUGAAGGACAGAGCAACUCUGCCACCAGUACAGGCUCAUUCAUGGACAUUGCUUCUACAAAUACGAGUAAUAAAAGUGACACUAAUAUGGAGCAAGUUCCUGCCACAAAUGAUACUAUUAAGCGCUUAGAGUCAAAAUUGUUGAAAAAUCAGGCAAAGCAACAGAGUGAAUCUGGACGUUUAAGCUUGGGAGCCUCCCGUGGGAGCAGUGUGGAGAGCUUGCCCCCAACCUCUGAGGGAAAGAGGAUGAGUGCUGACAUGUCUGAAAUAGAAGCUAGGAUCGCUGCAACCACAGCCUAUUCCAAGCCUAAACGGGGCCACCGUAAAACCGCUUCAUUUGGCAACAUUCUGGAUGUCCCUGAGAUCGUCAUAUCAGGCAACGGACAGCCAAGACGUAGAUCCAUCCAAGACUUGACUGUAACUGGAACAGAACCUGGUCAGGUGAGCAGUAGGUCAUCCAGUCCCAGUGUCAGAAUGAUUACUACCUCAGGACCAACCUCAGAAAAGCCAACGCGAAGUCAUCCAUGGACCCCUGAUGAUUCCACAGAUACCAAUGGAUCAGAUAACUCCAUCCCAAUGGCUUAUCUUACACUGGAUCACCAGCUACAGCCUCUAGCACCGUGCCCAAACUCCAAAGAAUCUAUGGCAGUGUUUGAACAGCAUUGUAAAAUGGCACAAGAAUAUAUGAAAGUUCAAACAGAAAUUGCAUUGUUAUUACAGAGAAAGCAAGAACUAGUUGCAGAACUGGACCAGGAUGAAAAGGACCAGCAAAAUACAUCUCGCCUGGUACAGGAACAUAAAAAGCUUUUAGAUGAAAACAAAAGCCUUUCUACUUACUACCAGCAAUGCAAAAAACAACUAGAGGUCAUCAGAAGUCAGCAGCAGAAACGACAAGGCACUUCAUGAUUCUCUGGGACCGUUACAUUUUGAAAUAUGCAAAGAAAGACUUUUUUUUUAAGGAAAGGAAAACCUUAAAAUGACAAUUCAUGAGUGUUAGCUUUUUGGCGUGUUCUGAAUGCCAACUGCCUAUAUUUGCUGCAUUUGUUUCAUUGUUUAUUUUCCUUUUCUCAUGGUGGACAUACAAUUUUACUGUUUCAUUGCAUAACAUGGUAGCAUCUGUGACUUGAAUGAGCAGCACUUUGCAACUUCAAAACAGAUGCAGUGAACUGUGGCUGUAUAUGCAUGCUCAUUGUGUGAAGGCUAGCCUAACAGAACAGGAGGUAUCAAACUAGCUGCUAUGUGCAAACAUCGUCCAUUUUUUCAUAUUAGAGGUGGAACCUCAAGAAUGACUUUAUUCUUAUAUCUCAUCUCAAAAUACUAAUAAUUUUUUUCCCAAAAGAUGGUAUAUACCAAGUUAAAGACAGGGUAUUAUAAAUUUAGAGUGAUUGGUGGUAUAUUAUGGAAAUACAGAAUCUUUAGGGGUAGUUCAGUGUAAGGGCUUUGAUGUCAGCAUCCUUGGAUCAGUACUGAACUCAGUUCCAUCCGUAAAAUAUGUAAAGGUAAGUGGCAGCUGCUCUAUUUAAUGAAAGCAGUUUUACCGGAUUUUGUUAGACUAAGAUUUGAUUGUGAUACAUUGAACAAAAUGGAACUCAUUUUUUUUUUAAGGAGUAAAGAUUUUUAAUUCUGUGAUUGUGUGUAUGUGUGUUGAAACUGUAAAGCUUUUAUGACUAAUAUUAAUCUCUUAAAUGAAAUUAAAAGGCAAAAGAACAUGAUUGAGCUUAAAUGAUCAUUUCUUCCUGCAAUGAUUCUUGGAUUGUUUUCUCAUGUAUUUGAAAAAAAAAAUGAAGAAAAAUAAUGGAAAAUGGAAAUUAUUGCUCCAGCUAAAAAAGGCUUGGGCUUAAAUUUCUUUUUAUGAUACCAAAUGAGGAAUAAACCAGGCAAAUCAGAAGGAAGUUAAAAAAGUAAAUAUAAAUUCAACAAGUAUCCUAACUAUCCUGGAUAUUGAAAUAUUUGAUUUUCCUUACAAUCCCAUAGAAUGCCUGCUGCCUUUCAACACUUUUAAAAUAAUUUCAACACUUACAGAGUAUUUAUAUUGUUACCAGUAAUUUUGCUACCAAAACCUUCAGAAUAACUUUAAUAAUAAUAUGACAUUGAAAUAAUAGACUAUGCAAACUAUAUUUUUUCAGUUGGUGUUAAAAUAAGUCACAUUUUGAUACCAAUACAAGGUGUCUUUCAAACAAGGAUGUCAUCAAUCUGAUUUUUAUAGCAUUAAUGUUUUAGGAAGAAAAAGUUCAAAAUGAAGGCAUUAAUUGCUGUGAUUAUUAGAAUUCUGUCAUGACCGUAUUGCAGUUUUUGCUCUAUUUCAGAUAAGCAAGAUCUAAGAAGUUAUCAAAACUAUUCUUUAAAAUGCUAAAGCAGGUAACUUUUUCUUCCAUUAUUUUUUCCUCCUACCACUGAGUUUUAUAAUGAAUUCCUUGUGUAUACAAACAAUACAGGUGAAGGACAGUUUAUACUAAACUGUUAUUUUUAGCUUCUUCAAAAGCUAUUUUAGAAAGCUUCCCAGAAAUAAAUGUCUUCUAUCAUUUAAUUUAAAUAAAAGGAGUGUUAUUGUUCCCAAAUAAUUUGAUUACCUAGCUGAAACAGAUAUUGGGUUCAGCAUAGUAAUAGUAAAAUAAAAUCGGCAGAGAAAAUAACUGUAGACUAGGAUAAAGCAUGACUCCUCCAUAGCAUUGUUGCUUGUAUGUACAUCUGUCACUCCACUGAAAGGGACCUAGUCACUUUAAAGAGGCCUUUUAUCUCAGAGCACGAGAUAUCCAAGCGUGAAUGCUAAGGCUUGAUGUUGCCAUUAGGAUUUAGCAUUCAAGAUUUCAGAUUUUAUUUCUAGUCAUUGAUGUGUUUUGCUGUAUCGUAGCACACUUAAAGGGAAAUUUUAUUACAGUUUUUACUUGUAGUCAUUUCAUAAAAAUAUCCAAAUAGCUAAAUGGAAGAAAAUAGUAGAUUUAGUCAUGGUACCAAAUGCAAGAGGCUGUUGAACAGUUGCUUGUUUGUUUACAGUAAGUUCCUUGGGAUUUUCAGUACUGUAGUUGCCCUGAACAAUUGAGUACAGUUCAGCCUUACUCUGUUUUUAAGUAGUUGUGUUGUCAAUUUCAUGCUUUUAAGUCCUGAUGAUCCCUGGAGAUGGGAGAAAAAAAUACCGGGGAUAAUUAAAAUCCACAGCCAGUUUCAUCAGUGUCCUUAUCCAUCAAACCUGCAAAUAAAAAUGUUAACAAGGAGCCAAACUUAUUUGCUCUGGUUUUACAAUUUAUUUUGACCUUCCUUUUUUGGGUGGAAAUCGCAAACAGCCAAGCAAGUGGCUGGAAUGCUCCAGUCUAAGAAAUUCAAAAACAAUCACUGAGUAAGCCCUAAUUACAUUUUACUCUUGCCUCCAGGGAAAGAAAGAAAGCUUUUAUCUAAUCUAGUGGGAAGUAUUCAUGAGCAAUAAAAAUCACUUUUUUGAGUUGAAUAAUAAUCAGUUAAGAAUAUUUACCGUAUAGCAACACAGCGUAUAAAGAUUUGUUAAAAGUUGUUUACAAAUGUUUGACUAUUUUUGCUGAAGUAUUUUAGAGUAUUGAAUGUCUUCUCUCUUCAAGUUUCUUUCAUGUUCCUAAUUUCAGCUCCUGUAGCCAGAGAUCACAGGUCUUCCCUGUGAAACUUUGGUUUCUUUCUAUAAAUGUGUGUGGUUUUCAGCGCUCAACUCCUGUCUUCAAAUGGUAGUAAGUUCUCCUUCUACUUCUGUCAUUCAGAACAUUUUAUGUCAAAUGAUGUAAUGCAGAAAUUCUUGUCCAUACUUGUAAUUGAAGGAAGCUUUUUAGAUUUAUUUUUGUUUUUAAUAAAAUUCAGAUUACUAUUCUAAACUGG